ACUUUAUUUAUCACUAUAAUAAAAAUAGUAUAAAGCCUUACUUCCUGUAUUCGUCGCAAGUGAAGUGCAUUGUUCGUGUUAAUUGUCGUGAAUUGUGUACCAGAUCAGUAAUUUACAUUUGAACAACUGUAGUACCACUACUGAUGACCUGUAACGGGUUAAACAGUGAGGAAACCAAAGAAGAUUUAUUAAAACCAAUCCACUUCACGUUGGCGACGCGUCGUCGAUUCAUCAUCAGCGACAUCGUGCAUCGACAACCGACAUAGUCAUCACGCGGUCAAGUCAGCCUGAACUUCAGCUGAAGUGAAGAACAAGAAGAGAAGUUGGCCGAACUGUGAACCGGUAGCCUACACAAUAAGCUACGAGAAGACCGACUACCACAUUAGCAAGAUGACGCUGAUGCAGCUGUUUGGUGCAAUCUUCAUAGCCUAUGGACCCCCGGCAUCUCUCUUCAUCAUCACAAUCGCCCGCAAUCCUCUGCGGGUCAUUGUCAUGAUGGCAGGGAUGUUUUUCUGGCUGGUAUCGCUGCUGUUAUCCUCCAUAUGGUGGUUUGCAGUGGUACCACUCAGAGACCAGCUAGCUUUCGCCUUGACGUUCUCGGUUCUGUUCCAGGAGUUGAUGCGCUUCGGGUACUACAAGCUUCUGAGGAAAGCUGAGGAUGGCCUACAGCAAUUCAAUCAGACAGGGCCGCCUGAUCCCACAGCACCUUCAGGUGCAAAUGAGUCUACCUCUGACAGCACACGGCAUGUCUAUGCAUACGUUGCUGGUCUUGGUUUCGGAGUGAUGAGCGGCAUUUUCCAGUUGGUCAACGUUGUGGCCGAUUCGAGGGGGCCGGGAACCGUUGGGAUCAACGGGGGACCACCUAACUUCCUCAUCACAUCAGCUUUUCUGACCAUGGCCGUUGUGCUCCUUCACAUCGUGUGGAACAUCUUGUUUUUCUGGGGCUGUGAGACAAAGAAAUACCACGUCAACGCUAUUGUGGUCGCCUCACAUUUCCUGGUGUCUGAAUUGAGCCUUCUGAAUCAGCAGCAUCUGUACACAGUCACCCUCCCCGUGGCCUACUGCCUGCUGGUCCUCCAGGCUGCCUGGGCCUUCAAGGUCGUCGGUGGCUCGGCGUCCAGCAUACGCAACGCCCUCAGGUGGAAAGUGCAUCGUUAUGCACUGUGAAUCAAAGCCGAGCAUCUGGAUUAAGACCAAUUUCGUGGAGCUGCUGAGCACAGCAAUUUUCUAAGCGCGAAAAAUAUUCGCUUAGCAAAACCAGGUUACCAGUGAAAAUGUCAUGUGAUGCACACUGCUUGUCACUGGUUCUCCGCUAAAUUUGCUAAGCAGUAUUUUCUACACAGCAGCUGCAUGAAAUUGGGUGGUUUUCAUACUUUACAAAUGCAAAAAGCAAAGGUGUU